AAGAAGAGAAGAUUUUGAACGCCCUUUAUUAUCCCCCCAGCCGCCGCGAAACCUUCCGCCGGCCGGCCGCCGCCGCAACGCCAUGUUCCAACUCCGAGCGCGUAUCCCCACUUUCCUCGUCCGCUCACCAUCCCGUCUCCCCGCCUCCCGCGUCUCUCCCUUCUCCGCCCUUCACCGCAACCUCUCCGCCACCACAUCCGUUCCACCGGGCCCUUUCGCCGCCGAGGACUACCUCGUCGCCACCUGCGGCGUCCCCCGCGCCCAGGCCGUCAAGGCAGCCAAGAAGAUAUCCCACCUUAAGUCCUCCUCCAAGCCCGACGCGGUCGUCGCCUUCCUCUCCGGCCUCGGCAUCCCCCACUCCGACAUCGCCGCCAUCGUCGCCGUUGACCCGUGCUUCCUCUGCGCCAGCGUGGAGAGGACCCUGGCGCCCCGCGUCACCGAGCUGAGGGAGCUCGGCCUCUCGCGCUCCGAUAUCGCGCGCCUCGUCCCGCUCGCCCUGUGCUCCUUCCGCAGCAGCUCCCUCAGGGGCAACCUCGACUUCUGGCUCUCGGUCUUCGGCUCCUACGAGAAGCUCCUCAAGGCCCUCAAGAUGAACUCCGGUCUCCUCGCCGCCGACCUCGAGAAGGUGGCCAAGCCCAAUCUGGCCCUCCUCCGGCAAUGCGGGCUAAGUCCCUCUCUUUUCUCGGAGCCCUUCAUUUCCCGGGUGCUCAUCAGGACCCCUAAGCAAGUCCAGGACGCUUUGGUGCACAUUGACAAGUUUGGGGUGUCCCAGAACUCGCGGAUGUUCCUCUAUGCGCUUGUGGCCUUCACUGUCCAGAGUCCGGAGAAGCUCACCGACAAAAUCGGAGUCCUCGAGGCGCUUGGUUGGUCGCAGGGCGAUGUGCUGUUAGCCGUGAAGAGGAUGCCGGGCAUCCUGACCGUAUCAGAGGAGAGGCUGCAGAAAAAUGUGCAUUUCCUCACAAAGGUUGCCGGACUGGAGAUAUCUUACAUUGCUCAAAGGCCGGUGCUCCUCAAGUACAGCCUUGAGCGCCGUUUGUUUCCUAGGUACUGCUUGCUUAAGCUACUCAACGCGAAGGGGUUGCUGGAUCUCCGAUUUGAUUACUAUGCUGCCUCGCUGUCCGAGAAGAAGUUUCUUGGCAGGUUUGUGCAUCCUUACAAGGAGAGUCUUACAGGCCUUGCUGAUGUUUAUGCUUCUAGCUGUGCUGGGAAACUGCAGAUGGAGUUGCUAUCAGAGAACACAAAACAAAACUAGAGAAUCUACCUUACCUGUCCUUGGUGAGUACCAUAGGAUUGCCAUGUUGGAUGGAAAAUAUUAAGGUUUGUCAUCCCCCUUGGUCCAUUGCUCAAGUUCUGUGCAGUUUUUCUGGAAGUGAUCCUCUAUAGUGUUAUUAACUGAUGAAAAAGCAGGGCAACAGAUUAUUAUCUUGCCAAAAAUGCAGCGUGUAAUGAAAUUUCCGGGAAUGAUCAUGCUUGACUUCAUCUGCAGUCGGUUUUAUUGUUUCUUGGGCUUUCACUGGUAAA